CUCAUGGAGCCCGAGCAAGAGCCCACGACAUGUGCCAUUUGCCUCGACGAUGUCGCAACGAUCCGCGGUGUCUGCGGUGACGAGGCUACGUGUUCCGGCGCCCUCUGCGUCGCCUGCUUGCGCGCGUACGUAGCCUCCAAGCUAGCGAGCGCGAUCGCCGGUGUCCUGACCAAGCUGCAUUGCCCGCUCUGCGUGCGGCCGGUCAACAUGUGCUCGUUCCGCCGUCGGUGCAGCGACGACACCACGCGCGGGCUAUUGUACGACUUGAACGAACGCGUCAAGACGGCGUGCUACGUCCGGUGCCCCGGCUGCGACGAGAAUACGUGCCUCCUCCCCGAGACCGACGAUACCCUGUACGAGACGCACCUUGCCUCGUCCGAGACACCAACGAACCUGGUGCUGGCCGACGACGUGAUGGCGUACGUCGAGCACAAGCUCUCGGUGCAGGAGCUCUACGCUCGGGUGCGCGCAGCCAACGCUUCGGUUGACACGAUCCUCCGAAGAAUCGGCGACAGCGAGCGUGCGGGCUUGCUCUUUACUCAUUGGAUGAUGCACUACGCUUGCUCGGCGAUGACUUCUUGCUGCGAGCGCGACGUGUGCUUCCUCUGCCAAGCAGAGUACCGGUACGACAGCGAGCACGACUGCGACAUGAAAGAGUACGAUACGGACGACAUGGCGCAGUGCCCCGCGUGCAUGGUCUUCCUCGUCAAGGGCGACGGCUGCGAUGCGAUCACGUGCUUUUGCGGCGAGCACUUCAACUGGCCGGCGCAGGUGCAGUGGACCCAGCUCCACCUGCGUGUGCAGACGCUCUUGGCCGCCAAGUCGCUCAAGCGCGCAUUGACGACGUUCGCAAAGCACUGCGUCUACCGUCGGCGCUUCCGGACGACGGUCGUGCCUGCCAUUGGCCCUUUUGUCCUCGCGCAACGUCUGGCUGCGAUUUCAUCGACGAUCGGCGCGUCACCGUCGUGGACGAUGACGCUUGCUGUGGGCAUUGUGCGCUGGCGCCGUCGGCGGUACAUGGCGCGCCUCCCAGACUACGUCAUGACGUGGCGCCACGAUCUGGCUCGGCGUCGCUGGUCGUCCGAAAUCGUCUCGCGUCUGCCGGCUUCUGUGGAUGCGCGCCGGGUGGAGCGCAUCUCGGAGCGGCUAGCGUCGCCAGCGAUGACGCUCUUCCGUCAAGUGAUGCUUCGAGUUAUCUUGCGUCGGCGAUUGUGCCGCCUCGUCGCGUCCAAGAAGGUUAGCUUGCUCGACCGCACCGCCAAGGGCAUGGCGAUUUCGUUGCCCACGCAUGUGGUUGCACUGCCCGUCAUGCAGCGAGCAUUGACGUGCUGAGGUCGUCUCAUUCAUUAUGAAUAUAGUAUGUAUGUUGACGGUAUUUGAAUCCUCAA